AUGCCGCCCAAAUCCUUGUCGGCGCUUUUCCUCGGGCUCGAGUUGGCGACCGACCAGCUGCGUGCAUCGAUUGUAGACGAUAACCUGGAGCUCAUAGGAGUUGAAGCUGUAGACUUUGAUUCGGAGUUGCCGGAAUAUCAAACUCAGGGCGGUAUCUUCACCACGCCCGGAGAUGCAUACACGACGCCCGUGGAAAUGUGGAUAAAGGCGUUCGACCUGCUCCUAGAAAAGCUCAGCAAGAGUUAUGACCUUACCCGUGUCAAGGCUAUCGGCGGCGCAGCGCAGCACGCACUCGUUUGGUGGAAAGCCGGACAGAUUCCGCAGUUGCCGAACCUCGACCCACGGCUCCCGGCGCACGUUCAGAUACCUCCUACUGCUCUGUCCCUCCCGAAUUCUCCUGUAGCGCAGGACACUUCGGCGCACACGCACGCGUUGGCGUUGGAGGCCGCGCUUGGCGGCCCGGACAUUAUGGCGGCGCGCGUCGGGACAUGCGCGCACGCGUCCCUGCUCGCGGCGCAACUGCUUCGGGUACGGGAGGCAUGGCCGGAAGUGUGGGCACGCACGGGCCGUGUGCAGGUGGCGAGCUCGUUUCUCGCUAGUCUGGUGUGCGGAGGGUUGGUCGGCAUGGGCGAAGGGGAGGCUUGCGCGACGGGUAUGUUUGUACAUGGUGGCGCCGCGGCGGGGACUCAGAGUCAUUGGGACGAGGGCGUGAUGGAGAUCAUUGGCGGCAAUAAAGAGGAGGGCAGGCGGAUUUGGGCGUGGUUGGGCGACGUUGACGUAUCAGGAGGGCGACGACGGAUUGGGAACGUCUCGCGAUAUUUAGUGGACCGAUACGGCUUUGACCCCGAGGCUAUCGUCACGCCUUUCACGUCGGACUACCUCUCGACUUAUCUUUCUCUGUGUCCGUCGCCGUCCGAUGCUGUGCUGUCUUUUGGACCUAUGGACGUGAUGCUUGCUCCCGCUGCACAAUACCUUCCUACACGGCUAUACAGCCUUUUCCCACAUCCCGCACAAGAUGCCAGCGAGAGAAGACGCUAUGUUGUAAUGCUCACGAGCAGAAAUGCCGAUGUUCCACGCGCACUCGUGCGCGACAUGUACACAAAAAGCUGGAGCGCAUUCGAUCGGCUAUGUGCGAUCGUUCCUCCCGGAGGGUCGAUCGGGCUCGACGAUAAGCUGUUCAGCUUCUGGCUUCUGCAGGGUGACAGCUUCCCGUUCUCACACGUCAAAGGCAUCUUCAGGUUCGAGACAGGCGUUAAGGUCAGCGAGUUCCGCGAUCUGCGUGCGAAUCCGCGAUGUCUCCUUGAGAGCCAGGUCCUCUCCUUCCGUGUGCGCUGGUCGAGGAUAGUCUCCACAGGCGUCCUCGGUCCCAAUGCGGGCCGCAGUCGUGGCUCGAGCACUACCCCCAGCCCCAUUGCAGGCCAAACAAAACGCGCUCAGAACACCAGCAAUUCCAAUAAUAUGGGCCUCGCCUUUGACCCAUAUGACUAUUCCCCACUUCCCUCCCGCAUAAUCGCGACCGGCGCAGCCGCUAAUUUCCCAUCAAUCGCGAACCUCGUUGGCGACGUCUUUAACACGCCCGUGCUUGUCCCUACAACACAAAUUGACGCGGCCCAGGUCGUCCCGCACAGAAAUGCACCUCCUGCCGGCUUUCCUGCGCGAGCGUCUCUCGGUGGCGCGUACGUAGCGCGCUGGGUGUGGGGAAAGGAGAAGGGCACACCUGCCGGUACAGGGCGUGGAGGUUUUGAGGAGGAGGUGCGGCGGCUCCUUGCCAAACGGUGGGCUGCCACCGGCGGUGCACCCCUGCGGACAACAAUCAACUCCACCGGAUCGAGCAGCAAGGCGGGGAGCACCGCAGGGAGCGGCACGAGCACGCCAUACGCGCACAGCACGCGCUCUGCGCUGGGCGCGACGAUCCUCGUCGAGGAGGAAGAGGACGAGAUCGAGGAAAUGGAGAAGAUGGGCAGCGGCGGCCUCGGCGCGUUCGGGCUUGGUUCCGGCUUCGGCGAGGGCGAGCUUACCAGCAGGAUGCGAACGGUCACGAGUUCGACGGCGGGCACCGCGAUGAGCGGGAGCACGCUGGGCGACGCGCCGUCGACCGCGUUUACCACUCCUGACCUCAGUGGCCUCAGUGGCCCCGCGCCCAGCGCGACGCCCGAGGUAGCUACUCCCACUGCACCCACGGCGCUCGUGCCUGUCUUUGCGAUGCCCACCUCUGAGGCAGAGCUGCAGCUCGGGCUAGCGAAGGUCGCGGAGCCGGACGUAGACGCGUUCAUGUCGUACGCGGCGAUCGUGCCCGAGUACUGCCGACUCGAAGGAAUGCUCAUAAAAGCGAUCGUCUGA